AUGUUACAGCUGAGCAGCUCCGACCUUAACCCUGAUGCAUCAUUUGUUGUGGACGGGACUUCAAGGUUUGACUUCAAACAAGGAGAUGUUGGCAAUUGCUGGUUUCUUUCAUCUAUUGGAGCGUUGACUCUUCGAAAGUCGUUGAUGGCACAAGUGGUGCCUCCGGAUCAAAGCUUCAAGGAUAACUACGCUGGCAUAUUUCACUUAAAGUUUUGGAGAUUUGGAAAAUGGGUGGAUGUUGUCAUCGAUGACUUGUUGCCAACACGCAACAAAGUACCUGUGUCAGUUUCCUCCAGGUCUGGCAAAGAGUUCUGGGCUCCCCUGCUGGAGAAAGCGUAUGCCAAGGUCUGUGGAUCUUAUGGAGACAUGAUCGCUGGCAACCCACCUGAGGCAUUCAAAGACUUCAGUGGAGGCGUGCACAUGACCUACACACUGUCCAAGAGCCCACCUGACCUUUGGGAUGUCAUGAACAGAGCUGUCCAGUGCAAAACUAUGAUGGGAUGUGGGACUUUUACAGGGGAGAAAGGAAAAAAAAUCUUUGACAACUUUGGUCUGGUGGACGGUCAUGCCUUUGCUGUGACAGGAGUCAGGCAGGUAGAGAGUGAGGAGAAAAAAGUGAAUCUGGUGAGAGUCUGGAACCCAUGGGGUGAGAAGGAGUGGAACGGAGACUGGAGUGAUAAGUCAACACUGUGGGAAACCAUGAGCGAUGAGGUCUGGAAGGAGUGUCUGAAAGUAAAGAACGAUGGAGAAUUCUGGAUGACGAUGGACGACUUUUGUAAGCAUUACCAAGAAAUGCACAUCUGCUGCGACAGCCCCAACUUUUUGGAUGGUGAUGAUGCCUGUCAGUGGAAUUGUUCGCUGAAAGAGGGCCGCUGGGAGGCUGGGAAAUCUGCUGGGGGCUCUGAUGGUGGAGCAGAGGAGUUUUGGACAAAUCCACAGUACCGUCUCACAGUGAAGGAGGAGAACAAUGGAGACAAGAACGUCUUACUGUCUCUGCUGCAGAAGCCUGAUGAAGAGUAUCGCAGCAAAGUUAAAUAUCACGCCAUGGGCUUCAUCAUCUACAAGGUGCCACCAGAGGCAAACAAAGGACGACUUCCGCCUUCACUCUUCCAGGAUGAACAACCUCUAAAAGUCAGUGAGUUCAGCGGAUCAAGAGAACUGAUUGAGUUUCACAGUUUGAAGAAGGGAGAGUACUUGAUCAUUCCCUGCACGUAUAAAUCCAACAAGACUGCAAGUUUCAUCAUCACAGUUUAUUCCAAGGCCGAGGCCGACAUGGAGUGA